AUGAAGAAGAUUACAAGCGAGAAAAUCAUAGACGCCCUAGAGAAAAUAUUUCUUCAACAUGCCUUACCACAAUCAAUUACCUCAGAUAAUGGUGCGCAGUUUGUUUCUGAUGAGUUUGAGACCUAUCUGAAAGAGAGUGGAAUCAAACAUAGACGCGUCACACCAUUACAUCCUGCUGCAAAUGGAGAGGUGGAGCGACAGAACAGAUCUAUAAUGAAACGCAUUGCGCAAGCUGAAGGAAAAGACUGGAAGAAAGAAUUACGUGUGUAUUUAUUUGCAUACCGUACAACCCCACACAGUGUUACUGGACAGACCCCAGCGGAAAUGAUGUGGAAUAGAAAAUUGCGAACAAAAUUACCAGAAUUGGAGGAUAAUAUUGUACAUGAUGAAGAUGUUUCAGAUCGCGACGCUGUAUCAAAAUUAAAAAACAAAUUAUACAUUGAUGAGAAAAGAGGUGCGAAAGCGAGAGAGAUGUGUGAAGGAGAUAAG